AUGGCUCUAUACGGUGGAGCCGUCUUCGGUCCCGCUGCCACUGCCUGGUUUGGCAUCCUCCAGCGUCAUGUCGUCCUCAAGAGCACUGCGUCCACAACUGCUGCCCGUGUCGCCGCCGAUCAAGUCUUCUUUGCCCCGGUCCAGCUCACCUGUUUCGUAUCAGCAAUGGCUAUCCUGGAAGGCGUUGAUCCCGUUGAAAGGUGGAAAAAUGCCUUUGUUCCAGCUUAUAAGGCCAACCUGAUGGUCUGGCCAUUUGUACAGGGUGUCAACUUUACAUUUGUCCCGGUAGAGUUGCGCUUGCUGUUCGUCAAUGUUAUUAGUUUGGGCUGGAACUGCCUCCUUAGCUUGAUGAACAGCAGCGAUCUCGGAUUCCUUUUACCUUCUUUGUGCGAAAAGCCCCGAUUUGCGCUUUCCCUGAAAUUCUCGCCCCUCCGACUUUCCCAACUCGAUCGUCCCCCUCCCCCUCCAUAUCCAUUUAUCAUGGCUACCGUCGCAGAAAACGGUACUCCGGCUGUUGCCGAUGAGAACUCUGUUCCUGUCACUGAGACUCAGACUGGUGACGCCGUCACUGUCUUCCACAACCCCGAUGACUUCAACGUGAAGCACCCUCUUAUGCACGAAUGGACUCUUUGGUUCACCAAGCCCCCCAGUGGCAAGGGCGACAACUGGAACGAUCUGCUUAAGGAGGUGGUUACCUUCAGCUCCGUUGAAGAAUUCUGGGGAAUCUAUAACAACAUCACGCCGACCUCCGAACUUGGCCUCAAGGCCGAUUACCACCUCUUCAAGAAGGGCGUACGACCUGAGUGGGAGGACCCCCAAAACAAGCACGGUGGAAAGUGGUCAUACCAGUUCAAGGACAAGCGCUCUGUCCCCAUCGACGAACUCUGGCUGCACGCGCAGCUGGCCGCGAUCGGCGAGACCCUCGAGAACGACGACGACAACGAAGUGAUGGGAGUGGUUGUGAAUGUGCGCAAGGGCUUCUAUCGUGUCGGUCUAUGGACACGCACAGUCGGUAAGAGCAUCCAGGGCGAUAAGCACACCCGCACACAGGCGCAGGGCAAGGAGAUUCUCGAGGCAAUUGGUCAGCGUUUCAAGGACGUGCUGCGGCUCAACUUGGCGGAUGUGGUGGAGUUCUCCGGCCACACCGACAGUGCACACAGUGGUAGCACGCGUGCGAAGGCCAAGUACACUGUUUAA